GUUUCCACCUGCUACGACCCUGACCCCGUGGAUGUUUCAGCGGUGCGGGCGGCUGGCGCCAGCCAGGCUGCUUGCACCUUCGUCUCCUGGCUGCUGACCAAACAGGAGACCUUGCGGCCAAGCGCUGAGGAGGCGCACCGCGACAUGAGCUGGCCGGACCUCGCCCAGCACGACGUGGCCUCCAUGAUCGGCUUCGGCUCAAAAAGUACCUUCUCCAAGGCGGUGUACCUCUGUGCAGCGAGCCAGUUGGACACCUCCAAGUUAGAUGACCUCACGGCCUUUUUUGAGGAGCUGGACGCUGACCGAAAUGGUCACUUGUCCGUGAUAGAGUUCAAAAAUGGCCUGAGGCAGGUCCUGGAUCCGGAUUCCAUCGAAACCUUGGUGGACUCCUUGGACAUGGACCACAGCGGCAACGUCGACUACUCGGAGUUCAUCGCCGGCUGCCUCGACGCCCACAUGGGCCUUAUCGAGAGCGCCCUCUUCCACGCCUUUCACGUCUUCGACGUGAACAACGACGGUGUGAUUUCUUUGAGUGAGCUGCGAUCCAUCCUCAACUCGAACGGCGAGGCGCUCUCUGUCGUUCUGCCCGAGGGGAAGACCGUGGAGGGGUUCAUGAAGGACAUCGACACCUCCAAAGAUGGCUUUAUCAGCUUCGAGGAGCUCAAGAACUUCCUCAAGAAGGAGGCAGAUGCGUCACCAACCGCCUGGCCCUCCAAGAAGGAUGCCUCCCGCCGUUUGUCCUCGGCAGGCGUCCGGCGAGGCUCGUCGCUUUCCACGGCGCCUAGCGGAGGCCCCAUCGCCGAGCCUCCGAAGCUGCAGCCGCCCGCGGCGCCUCCGGCGCCGCCUUUGGAGCCCGAACUGUAUGCGCAGCUUCAGCGUUGCGUUGACCUGUCAAGCAGCAACGUCGGCUUGCUGAAGCAGCUAACGACGGCUCUCGCCCGCCCGGUGGAGGCGGACGUCGCUCGCCAAAGCGCGAGCUCGGACAGUGAAGGCGGCUGA